AUGGCUUCUGCAGGAGCGGAGGCGGAGAAGGGAUCUCCGAUUGUGGUGGGGCUGCUGGUCCUGGGCAACAUCAUCAUUCUGCUGUCAGGCCUGGCCCUGUUUGCUGAGACAGUAUGGGUGACAGCUGACCAGUACCGUGUGUACCCACUGAUGGGUGUCUCAGGCAAGGAUGAUGUCUUCGCUGGUGCCUGGAUCGCCAUCUUCUGUGGCUUCUCCUUCUUCGUUGUGGCCAGCUUUGGUGUGGGUGCAGCGCUCUGCCGCCGGCGGUCCAUGAUCCUCACGUACCUGGUGCUCAUGCUCAUCGUCUACAUCUUCGAGUGCGCCUCCUGCAUCACAUCCUACACCCACCGAGACUAUAUGGUGUCCAACCCAUCCCUGAUUACCAAGCAGAUGCUGACAUUCUACAGUGCAGACACAGACCAGGGCCAAGAACUGACUCGCCUCUGGGACCGUAUCAUGAUUGAGCAAGAGUGCUGUGGCACAUCUGGUCCCAUGGACUGGGUGAAUUUUACAUCAACCUUCCGGGCGGCCACCCCGGAGGUGGUGUUUCCCUGGCCCCCACUGUGCUGCCGGCGGACUGGCAACUUCAUUCCCCUCAAUGAAGAAGGCUGCCGCCUGGGCCACGUGGACUACCUGUUCACCAAGGGCUGCUUCGAACACAUUGGCCAUGCCAUCGACAGCUACACGUGGGGCAUCUCGUGGUUUGGGUUUGCCAUCCUGAUGUGGACGCUCCCUGUGAUGCUGAUAGCCAUGUAUUUCUACACCACAUUGUGA